AUGAGGGUGCUGGGGCAAUCGAAAAACAUUUGGCGGAGUUUGCGGGGGCUGCAUGGCUACGACGGCAGUGGUUGCGUGCGAGAACAAGCGCCGAACACAGAAGGAUUCGAGGAGGCUGCCCCAGGACAAGCAAUACCUCAUCAUCGCCUCCUUGCAGCUCUCAUCAGUGGUCGGGACGGAUCUGGGGCUGCCUUGUUGCGCCCCGCCGCCGACGUGAGCGCGAGCGGGGAUCCCGCCUUGCCGACGAUGGCGUCCUUCGCGGCGGGCGACUGGCUCUGGCUCGACAGCACCGAGGAUUCCUGGAUCCCCGUGCGCGCCGUCGCGGCCUUCAAGGCCGGCGAGGCGGGCCAGGCCGAGGCCGAGGACGGGUCCGCGGUGAGCAUCGACGCCAAGGCGAGCAGCUUCUGCCACCUCAUGGACGACCAGUCCCUCGGGGAGCUCGAGGACAUGACGCAGUUCAACGACCUCAGCGAGGGCCCGCUGCUCCACAACCUGCGGAAGCGGUACGGCAAGGACGGCAUCUACACGUGGGUCGGGUCCAUCCUCGUCGCCGUGAACCCGUUCCAGGUGCUGCCGAACUGCUACACGCCGGAGAAUCUCGCGCGCUACGUGCGGUCCGACGGCGGCAAGGGCCUGCCGCCCCACUGCUAUUCCAUCGCGUCCAUGGCCCACACGGCGCUCGUCCGCGACCGCAGGUCGCAGGCGAUCUGCAUCUCCGGCGAGUCCGGCGCGGGCAAGACGGAGUCCAUGAAGCUCAUGCUCCAGUUCCUCGCCGAGGCCUCGGGCCGCGCGUCCGGCGCCGCGGGGAAGCGGCCGUCCGUCGUCGGCGCGGGCGAGCUCUCCGUCGAGCAGCAGAUCCUGCAGACGAACCCCGUCACGGAGGCCUUCGGCAACGCGAAGACGCUGCGGAACAACAACUCGAGCCGCUUCGGCAAGUGGACGACGCUCAGCUUCACGCCCGGCGGCCGCAUCACCGCCGCGGCGAUCACGAACUACCUCCUCGAGAAGUCGCGCGUGUCGUGGCAGGCCGACGGCGAGCGCGGCUACCACGCGUUCUACCAGCUCCUGGCCCACUGCCACGACGACGCGGCGCUCUGCGCCGACCUGCGGCUCGGGGCCGCCGUCUGCGACGACUGGCGCUACGUGAACAUGUCGUCCGCGCACGAGGUGCCCGGCAUCGACGACAAGCGGGACUACGACGACGUCGCGACGGCGCUCCGGGCGCUCAACUUCUCCGACGACGAGGGCCUGAGCGUCUGGAAGCUCGUCGCGGGCCUGCUCCACGUCGGCAACGUGGCCUUCGCCGCGGGGCCCAAGGACGAGGCGACCGUCGCGGACGCGGCGCCGCUCGAGACGGGGUCCGCGGUGCUGGGCCUCGACGCGGCGGCGUUGCGGGAGGGCCUCAUCUCGAAGAACAUCGGCACGCGGUCCAUCAUCCGCACGGAGCUGUCCGCGGCCCAGGCCGACGACGCGCGCGACGCUUUCGCCAAGGCCGCGUUCAGCCGCCUCUUCGACUUCCUCAUCCUCAAGAUCAACGCGGCCCUGAGCGGCAUCGGCGGCGGCGCGUCCGGCGGCCUCGCCGUCGGCGUGUUAGACAUCUUCGGCUUCGAGUUCUUCGAGGUCAACUCCUUCGAGCAGCUCUGCAUCAACUACUGCAACGAGAAGCUCCAGUUCCACUUCAACGACCACAUCUUCUCCCAGGAGGCCGCGGAGUACACGCGCGAGGGCGUCGACCUGGCCAUGGUCGAAUUCAAGAACAACGGGCCGACCCUCGAGCUGCUGGAGCACAAGCGGAGCGGCGUCUUCGCCAUGCUCGACGAGGAGUGCGUCGUGCCGCGCGGCAGCGACGGCGGCUACCUGAGCAAGCUCUUCAAGGCCCACGAGAAGCACGCGAACUUCGAGCGCUGCAAGCCCAAGGAGGCGCAGGCGCGCACGUCCUUCGCCGUGAUCCACUACGCGGCGCGCGUGAAAUACGGCACGACGGGCUUCCUCGAGAAGAACCGCGACCGGCUCCUCGACGGCCUCGUGCUCUGCGGCGGCGCGAGCACCGACGCCGUCGUCGCGUCCCUCUUCGCCGCCGACGCCAAGGAACUGGGCAGCGGCAAGAAGUCGAAGAAGGUGAAGACGCUCGGCGCGAACUUUCGAGGGCAGCUCCGCGAUCUGGUCGACGCGCUCAACGCGUGCGAGCCCCACUUCGUGCGCUGCAUCAAGCCCAACAGCGUCAAGCGGCCCCGCGUCUUCACGGCGCCCAUGGUCCAGUCGCAGAUGCGCUGCGCGGGCGUGCUCGAGGUCUGCAAGAUCCGUCGAGCCGGCUUCCCGUUCCGGUCCAAGUUCGCGGACUUCGAGCGGCGCUACCACUACAUCGACGUCGCCGCCAAGGGCUGCCCGAGCCUCGUGGCGGGCCUCGAGAAGCAGCGGAUCUUGGUGAGCGGCGAGUGGGCCCUGGGCAAGACCAAGGUCUUCCUCCGGGCCGCGGCGCGCGACAAGCUCGAGGCCGCGCGGGAGCGCGCGCUG